GAAAUAAACACCAGUUCAACUGCGAUUCUUUUUUUUAGUGGAGAACCACAUCAGCCCGGAUGAUCUGAAGGAUUUUCUAUCAUUUCGUGGUGCUAACCAGAGUUCAACAACCAAGUCACCGAUAAGCCACGACUAUGCUGCCUUUGACGAAACUACGUCGAAACUCCCCGUGCCGGAUGUAGUGGAUUGCUUCGGUCUGGGCUCGCUGAUGAAGCAGCUGUGGUUUCUUAACAUGCGGCCAGGAUCUUCCGACAACGUCAACACACACUUCUAUUUCUCCUCACGCCACCAACCAGAAAGGGUGCAGGUAUACCCGGGUGAUCAAUUCGGACUAGAGUGGGUGGACUUUGAUCCAUCCCGCAGGACUAUCAUGAUUGUGCAUGGAUUUAUGAGUCACAGCAAUGCCUCCUGGGUUAACGACAUGACUAAAGGAUUUUUAAAAAUGGAGGACCUGAAUAUAAUAGCUGUGGACUGGAGUAAAGGUGGCAAUACUUGGAAGUACUGGAGAGCUGUCGCUAAUACGAGGAGAGUGGGCUCUGAUACUACUGGGUUUAUGCGCCAGUUGAUAUCUGCAACCGGAGCAAAUAUAAAGGACUUCCAUUUUGUGGGACACAGUUUGGGCGCUCAUAUUGCCGCCUACGUGUCAUACCAUUUAGGUCGAGUGGCCAGAGUUACAGGAUUGGACCCAGCACAGCCAUGUUUUAACAACUCUACCAGCGUCGAGCGACUGGACAAAACUGAUGCGGAUUUUGUUGACAUAAUACAUACUAAUGGGAGACUUCUCGAGAAAAUUGGCUUUGGCUUGCCCGAUCCUGUUGGUGACGCAGACUUCUAUCCCAACGGAGGCAUGCAGCAGCCUGGUUGUGUCAACGAUACCACAUCCAUUUGGGCUAAAUUAUUCCCAACUACUACUAAUAAACUUCAGCAAGCAAUCUGCAGCCAUGGCCGAGCGUAUCUCCUGUUUACGGAGUCCCUGCUGAAUGAGAAUUGCAGAUUCAGAGGUUACAGGUGGAACUUAACUUACGAAGGUGUGAACGCGAGCCUGGUGGCGGCUUGCGAUCUACAAGGAUCCUGCGCUGAAAUGGGAAUCAAUGCAGUUGGAGCGAACCACACGAAACAGGCUAAAGGCGCUUACUUUGUGCUGACGACGGAGAAGGAGCCGUACUGUCCAAGCGAAUGGGAACGCCGAAAUCCAUAUCCUGAGCUAUUACGAGAUUUACGUCAAGGAUUUCGUAUCGACAGAUCAGCCAAGCUCGAAGACAAUGUAUCGCGGUCGUACGCCGACCCUUUACUGAUCCACGAGGUGACUACAAAGAAGAGCUGGUUCAAAAGGUUUAUUCAGUUCCGUUAGGAAACCUUCAGAGAUUUUAUACGGGCGCAAGAAUGGGAAUUAAUUGACCAAGGAAUAAGUAACCAUACUAGUGCGUUUCAUGACAUAACAUACAUUUAAGUGAAGGCUGUGGUUGUUUGACUCAUGUAGCGCUGAGACUCUGUGAUAUAGUUCCAAAACUGAUACGUUAAGGCGAAGAGUAAGCAGAAAACACGAAAACAAGGUGUUUUUAGACAAGUUUUGUGGUGAAAAUAUAGCAUUUGGAGCUAUGAACACUACUUUAUCCUGUUACACAUACCCUUAAGUCUUACUUGUAGGUUGCUAAUGCUUGCUGUUAGUUAAACUUAACACUCCAGAGCUAUUAUGAAUUACCAGUUUUGUUUGAAAGUUAAACAAGUUUUUUCGCGGCAUGAUGCAUUUGUUUAGCAUACUGCUCUCAAAAAAGUUGUUCUUAUAGCUUUUACUUUUUUGUGUUGGUUCAUUUAUUAAGAUUAGUAAUCAAUAAUGAUGAUUGUAAGCAAUUAAACUGUUUGCGCCUGUUAAAAUGUAAAAUUUUCGACGCAAAAAUUUUGAAAAUAUCGCUCAAGGUCGCUGCAUUCAGUGUCGCCUUAAAGAUUGGAUUACUGUGCUCUUACGGCCGUUUUCAAUAAUUAAUUAAAUAAAUUUGAAUAAUUCGUUAUUGAAAACGGCCGUAAGUCGAUACUCUUUUGAGAGCUUUCGUAAGUGUCAUGUACGUAAGUAGUAAAGUCAGAUUUUUGAAGUGACAACUUCUUUAGACACGUAAAUGCCUUUGGUCACCUGCGUUAUCAACACCAAAAAGAAAUGAAUUUGUAUAUAUGUAUAGAGAUAUGGCCAUAGAGCAGACAACACGAUAAAGUUUGUCAAUGACGGUUCUAUGUGACGUAAAUCUCUUUGGCGCCACUUAUUUGACAGGAAUUAGAAAAUCCAAUCAAAUUAUUCAUUUCUUAAUUAAGUUAUACUUCUUUUGGCGCGUUUGAGAUAAUUUUUCAAAGCGAUUUUUUAAGAUGACACGCCCUAUCGUUAGCUUGUCAACUAGACCAUUUGUAACAUACUUCAGCUACCAAGCCUCUUGUAACUCAUAUGUCUACUGAACCACAACCAAUGGAAAAGAAUUAAAUAAAUUUCAAUAUUGAAAAGUUGUAAAAAGAAUAAUUUAUUUCUAAUUGUAUAAAAUUAUUUUAAUAUCUCAAUAUUUAAAUUUACCUAAAUUGUGCGGUAUAAUAUUAAUAUUUUCAUUGGUUGUAUUUAAUACCCACGGACUAGUAAAAAAAUAGGGACUUCGUGUCGUGACCUUACACAACAGUGUAGCACCAAAACAAGCCGAUUAAAGUGUAAAUACAUAGCCCCACGCACACACUUACACUACUACAGGUCGAUAGGCGGCCAUUCUGAGAAUUGUCAUCGUCUGUGACAGAUUAGUUUGCGUCUCAAUAAAAUAUUUUAAAAAUGCCGUCGUGCGUUGUCAAAAAGUGUAUAAACGAUACUAUAUAAUAAUAGUAUUUGUGGCCAUAUAUUAUGAUUAUUUAAGGGAGAAAAAAUUGUGUAACUAGUAUCCCCCGUAACCACACACACUAGCAUAACGGUGCUUCACUUGCUAAUAUCACGGCGCGGAGUCCUUCUUUUUUUAACUCGUCCGUGUUAAUACUAUCUUUAUUACAAUAUUGUUCUUUCAACAAACGUAAAAUAACACGAGAAAUAUUUUUUUUUAAGGAUUUUUGUUUUGUUACGCUAAAGAAGUUAUAAAGACUUGUUGCGUGCGGACGUUGUAGUUAACACGCACACUUUGACACACCGAAGAAUGACUAGCCAAAAUAUACUAACGGCCGUUCCCAAUAUACUAUCUACAGAUAGAGAUAAAUUACUACCUUCUACUGUCAGUAAUUAGCCGUCAAUAAUCUGAAGCUGUGCCAACAUAUACGAUAAGUCAUUCUUAUCGUCUUGUAUUGGGGCGCGUGAAUUGCAAUUUCCAUACAAACUUCUAUCGCUGGUAAGCUAUACGUCGUCCCAUUGACAGACGUGUACGGAUAAGGUGAGUUACGGUCGAUAAGUUUAUUGGGACAGAAAAGUCAACGAUAGUUACGAUUUUUAUCUCAAGUAAGAGAUAGACUGCAUAUUGGGAACGGCCGUAAGUGUAAUAGAAAUGUAUAAUAUUGAACCAUCUCGUUAUAGAGGUGUUAUUUAAAAUGAAAUGUUAUUAGA